UCCCAGAAAUCUUGGAUAGAAAAUACCUUCAAGAAAAGAGAAUGUAUCUAUAUAAUUCCAAGUUCAAAGGACCCACACAGAUGCCUUCCAGGAUGCCAGAUAUGCCAGCAACUUGUAAGAUGCUGCUGCGGCCGACUUGUCAGACAGCAUGCUUGCUUCACAGCCAGCAUUGCUAUGAAGUACUCCGAUCUGAAACUAGGUGAAAAUUUCACAGGAGAGCAAGAAGUAUGGUCUGUCGAGAAACACACAGAAGAGAGCCCAACAGAUGCAUACGGUGUUAUCAGUUUUCAAGGUGGAUCUCAUUCCUACAGAGCCAAGUAUGUUAGGUUGUCAUAUGAUUCCAGACCAGAAACCAUUUUGCAGCUUAUGCUAAAAGAAUGGCAGAUGGAAUUGCCAAAACUCGUUAUCUCUGUACAUGGAGGAAAUCAGAAGUUUGAGCUUCAUCCGCGUGUAAAGCAACUAAUUGGCAAAGGUCUCAUCAAAGCAGCUUUAACAACAGGAGCCUGGAUUGUUACUGGAGGAGUUAAUGCUGGUGUUGCUAAACAUGUUGGUGAUGCUCUCAAAGAACACGCUUCAAGGUCAUCUCGAAAAAUUUGUACCAUUGGCAUUGCUCCAUGGGGAAUCAUUGAAAACCGAAAUGACUUGGUUGGAAAAGAUGUCAUCGCUCCUUAUCAAACCCUGUUGAACCCUCUGAGUAAACUGAAUGUCCUCAAUAAUCUUCAUUCCCAUUUUAUUUUGGUGGAUGAUGGUACUGUUGGAAAAUAUGGAGCGGAAGAGAGUUUAAGAAGGGAACUAGAAAAAACAAUCAACUUACAACGCAUCCAUGCCCGCAUUGGCCAGGGAGUACCUGUAGUAGCCUUGAUAUUUGAAGGUGGUCCAAAUGUGAUUCUUACGGUUUUGAAUUACCUACAAGAGAGUCCUCCUGUACCAGUUGUUGUUUGUGAAGGAACUGGAAGAGCUGCUGACAUAUUGGCUUAUGUACAUAAACAAACUGAAGAAGGAGGGACUCUGCCAGAAGGUGCUGAGCCAGAGAUCAUUUCAACUAUCAAAAAGACAUUUAACUUUAGCCAGUCUGAAGCCGUCCACCUUUUCCAGAUUGUAAUGGAGUGCAUGAAGAGCAAGGAAUUGAUUACUGUGUUCCACAUUGGAUCAGAUGAACACCAGGACAUUGAUGUUGCAAUACUCACUGCGUUGUUAAAAGGAACAAAUGCUUCUGCUUUAGAUCAACUGGUAUUAACGUUAGCAUGGGAUAGAGUAGACAUCGCUAAAAAUCAUGUUUUUGUCUAUGGACAACAGUGGCUGGUUGGUUCUUUGGAACAAGCCAUGCUGGAUGCGCUUGUAAUGGAUAGGGUUGCCUUUGUCAAACUUCUCAUAGAAAACGGUGUCAGCAUGCACAAGUUUCUUACAAUCCCCAGAUUGGAAGAGCUGUAUAAUACUAAACAAGGUCCUACUAACCCAACUCUGUUCCAUCUUGUCCGCGACGUAAAACAGGGUAACCUCCCCCCAGACUACAAAAUUACGCUGAUUGAUGUGGGUCUGGUCAUUGAAUAUCUCAUGGGAGGAACCUAUAGAUGCACUUACACAAGAAAACGCUUUCGAAUCAUCUACAACAAUCUUCUUGCGGGAAACCGGCGUUCUGGGAGAAACACUUCAAGCAAUACACCUCAAAUGCGUAAACCGCAUGAAUCCUUUGGAAGUAGAGCAGAUAAAAAGGAGAGGAUGAGGCACAAUCACUUUAUCAAAACUGCACAGCCUUACAAACCAAAGGAUGCCUCCAUAGAUGACGUGAAGAAGAAAAGGGUUAAAGAUGAGAUUGUGGAUAUUGAUGAUCCAGAAAUGAAACGCUUUCCUUACCCAUUUAAUGAGCUGUUAGUUUGGGCAGUCCUAAUGAAGAGACAGAAAAUGGCCCUUUUUUUCUGGCAGCACGGGGAGGAGUCCAUGGCAAAAGCUCUUGUAGCAUGCAAAAUGUGCCGCUCCAUGGCCUAUGAAGCAAAGCAAAGUGAUGUUGUGGAUGACUUCUCAGAGGAAAUGAAGGAACAUUCAAGUGAAUUUGGACAACUGGCUGUUGACCUGCUUGAUCAAGCCUUCAAACAGGAUGAAACAAUGGCAAUGAAGAUUCUUACUUAUGAACUCAAAAACUGGAGCAAUUCCACCUGCCUGAAAUUAGCUGUAUCAUCAAGGCUCCGUAAUUUUGUGUCCCACACCUGUACCCAAAUGCUGCUGUCUGAUAUGUGGAUGGGACGGUUAAACAUGAGGAAGAAUUCCUGGUAUAAGGUUAUUUUGAGUAUUUUGGUUCCACCUACAAUUCUAAUGCUUGAAUAUAAAACCAAGGCAGAAAUGUCCCACAUCCCACAGUCUCAAGAUGCCCACCAAAUGACAAUGGAUGACAGUGAGAAUAACUUCCAGCAGGUGCCAGAGAACAUUGCCAUGAAUGUAUUUAGGGAGGUCCAGGUUUUUGACAGUACAGAAGUUAAGCAUGAAAUUGAGAUUCCAACAAAAACUCGAAGACUUCCUAUUGCUCAGAAGUUCUAUGCGUUCUACCAUGCCCCAAUUGUGAAAUUUUGGUUUAACACGUUGUUCUAUUUGGCAUUUCUCAUGCUUUUCACAUUUGUUGUUUUGGUGAAGAUGGGACCCUUGCCGUCUGCUCAGGAGUGGCUUGUAAUUGCUUACAUUUUUACAUAUGCAAUUGAAAAGAUACGAGAGAUAUUUAUGUCUGAAGCUGGCAAAAUUAACCAGAAAAUUAAAGUGUGGUUUGGUGAUUAUUUUAAUAUUACGGAUACAAUCGCCAUCAUUACUUUCUUUGUUGGGUGUGGACUGAGGCUUGCAUCAUAUAAGUAUGAUGCCGAAAUACCGUUAAACCUUGAUUCAAACCACAAUGCAACUGGAAAGGAGCCUGCAUAUGGUCAUGUUUUACUCAGUGGAAGGUUAAUUUACUGUCUUAAUAUCGUAUUUUGGUACGUCAGGCUACUCGAUUUUUUGGCUGUCAAUCAGCAGGCUGGACCCUAUGUCAUGAUGAUUGGCAAAAUGGUUGCAAACAUGUUCUACAUAGUUGUCAUAAUGGCCGUUGUUCUUCUGAGUUUUGGAGUUCCAAGACAAGCAAUUUUAUACCCACUUGAAGAACCAACUUGGAUGCUUGCCAGGAACAUUGUUUUUCAACCGUACUGGAUGAUCUUUGGGGAAGUGUAUGCUUAUGAGAUUGAUGUUUGUGCAGAAAAACUCUGAAGUGCCAGAACUCUGUGACCUGGGAACAUGGUUGACACCAUUUCUUCAAGCUGUCUACCUCUUUGUACAGUACAUCAUUAUGGUGAAUCUUCUGAUUGCAUUUUUUAACAAUGUAUAUUUCCAAGUAAAGGCUAUUUCAAAUAUUGUUUGGAAGUACCAGCGUUAUCACUUCAUAAUGGCUUACCAUGAAAAGCCUUUUUUGCCUCCACCAUUGAUCAUCUUCAGUCACUUGUCUUCUCUGUUCUGCUUUGUGUGUAAACGAAGAAAGAAGGACACCUCUUCACAUGGACCAAAAUUGUUUCUAACAGAGGAAGACCAAAAGAAGCUUCAUGAUUUUGAAGAGCAGUGUGUUGAGAUUUAUUUCAAUGACAAAGAUGAUAAAUUUCAUUUGGGAAGUGAGGAGAGGAUACGUGUUACUUCGGAAAGGGUGGAACAGAUGUGUAUACAGAUUAAAGAGGUUGGAGAUCGAGUAAACUACAUAAAGCGUUCUUUGCACUCUUUGGAUUCACAGAUUGGACACUUACAAGACCUUUCUGCUCUUACCGUGGACACCUUGAAAACUCUAACUGCACAGAAAGCAUCAGAAGCUAGCAAGGUCCAUAAUGAAAUCACACGUGAGCUAAGCAUUUCCAAGCACUUGGGACAAACUUUGGUGGAUGAUGGGCCACUCCGUACCUCUAUGAGGAAGAAACAGAGUGUUGGCAAUUUUUUCGGCUCUUCAUUUCCACAGGGUAGCCCUGAGGCAAACAGUAAUUUACUGUUCAAUAUAUCUUUGAGGGAUGAAAGAAGUGUUUUGGGCAGAAAAUUAUCUGAAGACCCUUUCUUUCCACCUUGUAGAGAAAAACGUAAUAUUCCAAUGGCUGGUCCAUCUGGAGGUGCCUUAGUUUCCGCUGUGGAUUGUCCUGUAGAACUGCCAAGCACACAGGGAGCCCAGUCACUCAUUGAUAAUCAGAACCCUGUCAACUUCACCAGUAGUGUGCCAAGCUGUGUUUCACCCUCUGCUACAUUUUUUGUAAGCACACCAACCCAGCCGAGUUCGAAAAAUCAAGCGGAUGUGGCAUCAAAGUUGGAAAUGCCUCUUCAGGAGAAAUCUUCUAAAGAAACUGAAAAUACAGUUGAAUUUGGAGCUUUCGUAGGUCAUAGGGAUAGUAUAAUGGUUCAAAAACAACAGAAGAAAUCAGAACCCCAAAGCAAAGAAGACAUAAACCCAGCUGAAAUGAUGGACCCAUAUCAUCCUUCUAGCCUGAAACAAGUACGAUCCUGUGCUGGAUUCAUGGAAUUCCAUAAGAUCUCUCAGUCCUUGCGCUUAGAGCAGUUUCACAGCAGCAGUCGAAGAGCAUCGCUGACUGAGGAGGUGACCAAUGUGGACUCUAAAGAGGUUUUUAUAGCGGAUUGGUUGCAAGCCCAGUCAUCCACCUUGGGUAAACCCAUGCCUGCAUCUGAGGAGGAUGCUUUGAAUGGCAUUGGCUCUCCAUUCAAGCCCAUUUCGGACAUCAAUUAUUGUUAUUCAGCUGUGGAAAGAAACAAUCUGAUGCGACUGUCCCAGAGUAUUCCUUUCACCCCUGUGCCUCUGAAAGGUGAAUUGGUGACCGUGUAUCGCUUAGAGGAAAGCUCUCCAAGCAUCCUGAACAACAGCAUGUCAUCCUGGUCACAGAGAGGGCUGUGUGCUAAAAUUGAGUUUCUGAGUAAAGAACAGAUGGGCGGUGGAUUGAGACGAGCUGUGAAAGUGGCCUGUACAUGGUCAGAGAAUGACAUCCUGAAGGCUGGACAUUUCUACAUCAUCAAGUCAUUCCUACCCGAGGUGGUAAAUACCUGGUUAGGGGUGUACAAAGAAGAUACUGUCCUGCAUCUCUGCCUUAAAGAAAUACAGCAGCAGAGGGCGGCACAGAAAAUGACAUUUGCUUUUAAUGCAAUGAAGCCAAAAUCUAUCCCAUACUCUCCAAGGUUUCUUGAAGUGUUUCUACUAUACUGCCAUUCAGCUGGGCAGUGGUUUGCCAUAGAAGAGUGCAUGAACGGAGAAUUCCGCAAAUAUAACAACAACAAUGGAGAUGAGAUUGUCCCAACUAAUAUGCUGGAGGAAACCAUGUUGGCGUUUAGUCACUGGACAUUUGAGUAUACAAGAGGAGAGCUUCUAGUUCUAGAUUUACAAGGAGUUGGAGAGAAUUUAACUGACCCAUCAGUCAUCAAGUCUGGUGAAAAAAGGUCAUCUGACAUGGUAUUUGGACCAGCAAAUUUAGGAGAUGAUGCCAUUAAGAAUUUCCGUGCUAAGCAUCACUGUAAUUCCUGUUGUAGAAAGCUUAAGCUCCCAGAUUUGAAAAGGAACGAUUACACCCCCGAUAAAGUCAUAUUCCCUCAGGAUGAACAUGGAGAGUCAUCGACCGAUCCUGACAAUUCCACCAAAGAAUCAAAACAUUCUAUUCGUUUAAUGCUGUAA